ACUGGGCCCUAGUGUCCUCCGCGACCAAGUUCAAGCUUGCCCGCCUUCUCAGGGGCUUCCAUUCAUUUCGGGCCAAGACUACUGCUGCCCUCGCCCCCAUACUAUUGUAGCGUUGCGCAGGCAGGGCUUGGGGAAGCAGUGCCCUGAGUAAAGAGACCACCUGGGGGUGGUGGAGGUGGAUACAGAGGGAAUUGGACAAUUAAUUGUAUGCCUGGACGAGGAUCAGGAAACCUUGGAUGAAGUUUUAGGACCAUCUAAGAGUGUAACACUGGAUAAAAUCCUGAAAGUGGUAGCAUUUGGAGAUCUGAGGAUUAAAUAAAUGUUUGUUAGGUUCUGGGAAGCGCAGAAUCCGGUUACACGGAGGUGCGAGUGCACAGAGGGAUUCCGGAGGCACAGCCCCAGGAUGCUCCCAUUUGCCUCCUGCCUCCCCGGGUCUUUACUGCUCUGGGCGUUUCUGCUGUUGCUCUUGGGAGCAGCGUCCCCACAGGAUUCCGAAGAGCCGGACAGCUACACGGAAUGCACAGAUGGCUAUGAGUGGGAUGCAGACAGCCAGCAUUGCCGGGAUGUCAAUGAGUGCCUGACCAUCCCCGAGGCUUGCAAGGGUGAAAUGAAAUGCAUCAACCACUACGGGGGCUAUUUGUGUCUGCCUCGCUCUGCUGCCGUCAUCAGUGAUCUCCACAGUGAAGGACCUCCACCACCAGCAGCCUCUGCUCAACACCCAAAUCCUUGCCCUCCGGGCUAUGAACCUGAUGAACAGGAGAGCUGUGUGGAUGUGGAUGAGUGUACCCAGGCUAUACAUGACUGUCGCCCUAGCCAGGACUGCCAUAACCUUCCUGGCUCCUAUCAGUGCACCUGCCCCGAUGGUUACCGAAAAAUUGGGCCCGAAUGUGUAGACAUAGAUGAGUGUCGCUACCGCUACUGCCAGCACCGAUGCGUGAACCUGCCAGGCUCUUUCCGAUGCCAGUGUGAGCCCGGCUUCCAGUUGGGACCUAACAACCGCUCUUGUGUGGAUGUGAACGAGUGUGACAUGGGAGCCCCGUGUGAGCAGCGCUGCUUCAACUCCUAUGGGACCUUCCUGUGUCGCUGUAACCAGGGCUAUGAGCUACACCGGGAUGGCUUCUCCUGCAGUGAUAUCGAUGAGUGCAGCUACUCCAGUUACCUCUGCCAGUACCGCUGUGUCAAUGAGCCAGGUCGCUUCUCCUGUCACUGCCCACAAGGCUACCAACUGCUGGCCACAAGGCUCUGCCAAGACAUUGACGAGUGCGAAACAGGUGCACACCAGUGUUCGGAGGCCCAAACCUGCGUCAACUUCCAUGGGGGUUACCGCUGUGUGGACACCAACCGUUGUGUGGAGCCCUAUGUCCAAGUGUCGGACAACCGCUGCCUCUGUCCUGCCUCCAACCCCCUUUGUCGAGAGCAACCGUCAUCCAUCGUGCACCGCUACAUGAGCAUCACCUCAGAGCGAAGUGUGCCUGCCGACGUGUUUCAGAUCCAGGCAACCUCUGUCUACCCUGGCGCCUACAAUGCCUUUCAGAUCCGUGCUGGGAACACACAGGGGGACUUCUACAUUAGGCAAAUCAACAAUGUCAGCGCCAUGCUGGUCCUUGCCAGACCGGUGACAGGACCCCGGGAGUACGUCCUGGACCUCGAGAUGGUCACCAUGAACUCCCUUAUGAGUUACCGGGCCAGCUCUGUACUGAGACUCACCGUCUUUGUGGGAGCCUAUACCUUCUGAAGAAGACCCUCAGGGAAGGGUCAUGUUGGGGGGCCCCUUCCCCCCUCCCAUAGCUUAAGAAGCCCUGGGGGCUGAAGGAUGACUGUUCUGUUUAAAGGGACUAUGAUGUGAAGGACAAUAAAGGGAGAAAGAAGGA